AUGUCAAACAAGCCAGCAAUACUCUCCAUCCCAGGAGCGUUUGGCAUGCCAGAGUUAUACGAUGCAAUGGUGAACGCGGUAGCAGCUCAAGGCCACUCAAUACGCGCGCUGCAUCUCCCGAGCGUGGGAUACCAAAGUGGGGUCAAAGAGCCACCAUGCAUGGAGGAUGAUGUCGCGUUUAGUGGCUCAGAAAUUUCCAAGCUCGCAGACCAAGGCAAGGACGUGGUGCUCAUUACACACUCGUAUUGCGGCAUGCCGGUAACGCAGAGUACCAAAGGUUUAGGGGAGAUUGAGAGACAGGUACAGGGAAAAAAAGGUGGGAUUGUACGGCUAGCGUAUAUGAGCAGCAUCGUGCUACCCUUGGGAGCGUCGGAUGCGAGUGUCCUACUGGAUUCAGAUGCGUCAUCAAGGGAACGAAGGGUGGAGUUGAGGAUUGAUGUCUGUUGCUGCCUGCAUCACUCCGAUAUCCCGUUAUUUAAUGCUAUAUGUUUCUCAGAUUUGCCAAGGGAUGAAGGUGAGAUAUGGUCAAAUAAAAUCACGUGCUACUCUGCUUCUACAUUUCCCAUCGAACUAACCCAUGCCAAGGAUAAGGACAUUCCUGUGCCUUAUCAUUACUGCCAUUGCCCAUUUGUCAGUAAGCCAAUGGUGAUGACGGAUUGGGUGCUGGGUGUUAUCGCCAAGGGGCAGCCAAGUAAGGCUCAUCGCUGA